AUGAAGCGGUUCGUCGUCCUCACGGUUUGCUGGUGGAUUUUGAUCGUUUCCUAUGUGGGGGCUCCCUGCAGGCUCGUGGGCGAGAUUGACUACUACACCAUGGCGCUGUUUGCGUGUCAGCGGCUUGAGGGUCUGCCGGUGGAGCUUCCCACUUUGAGCUUGGUCUUGUGCCUCGUGCUUUGCAUAGUCUUGCUUCCCAACUCAAUGUUGCAAGUCUCGGCUUUCCGUUGGAAUGCAAUGCUACACAGCAUCGGCGUCGCCACACUGGCCAUCUGUCUCCUCAAGCCUCUAGUUUCGAGCAGCACAACAUUCAACACGACCUUCAUCGAAUCCAUGGAGUUCAUUGGCAUUGUCACAGGGAGGGCAGCAGCCGUCUAUUUGGCCGUCAUGCUGCUUGUGAUCUCCAGGCGCUCGGUGUUGUCAGAGUGGCACAGCUUGGAUUACACGGAGACGAUUGCAUUCCACAGGCUGGCAGGAUGGUGGGUUCUUGUCAUGAGUCUUCUACAUUCCCUUGCUUUCGCAGCCUUCUACUUGCAGAGAGGUGGAUGGCAUGAGCUUUUAGAGGCAACCAUUCCGGUAGCACUUUCUUCUUGCAAGGAUCCAGAGGAUCCAUUGUGUUGGAACACCCUUGGCCUGGUGAACGGCUUUGGUGUAGUUGCAACUUUUGCAGUGAGCAUUUUGGCGAUCCUCUCGCGAGAGCAAGUACGGCGCAGUGCCUACAACCUUUUCUACUUCGCCCAUGUGGCGCUCUCGUUUUUGUUUAUUCUUUUCUGCGGGCUCCAUGAUUUCCCCAUGGUGAUUCUGAUGUUUCCCGGCCUGGCAUUCUACAUGAAAGAUCGGAUCGUUGCUUUCAUCACCCGACAGGAACUUUCUGAUGUGACCGCAGAAGUUCUGUGCCGAACUGGCACUUCAAACGUCAUCCUCUUGACCUGGAACACCACGCCGGAACUCAAGUUCAUGCCGGGCACACGUUGGGUCUAUCUUCACGAGAGGGGUGUCUCACGAAUGCAGUGGCACCCAUACUCGGUGGUCCAGAACGGACAUCGAGCGCAGGUUCUCCUGAAGGGCGCGGGUGACUGGUCCGAGUCCCUCUGCAAACAGGUGUCACAGGAGGCUUUGAAGCUUCGAAUCGAGGGCCCCUAUGGCAAGCCCAUGGCCCAAAGCAGCACUUUGCCGCCACGCAACCUCCUGCUCGUUGCAGGCGGUGUGGGCAUCUCCCCCUUCGUUGACCUUCUUUCUGGGCUCCAGUGGCUGGAGGCGGGCUGGCAGCAGCUCCACCUGGUUUGGGCGGUUCGUGGCGAUGAGUUCGGCGGCAUUUCUGGGGCGAUCGACUGGCGGCGUCUCUGCGAGCGGGCGGAGGUCUCCGUCUUCGUCACCUCCGGUGAGGCGGAGUCGCCCAGCGGAAUGGUCGACCACCGGAUGGGCUCCAACUCUCAAGUCGCUGCCGCAAGAAGUGGCGAGAUGUGCAGGCACAGGCUGCUGAUUCUGUCCUUUGUGUGCAUUACGAUGGGUGCCGUAGCCGCGGACUUCCUGGUGCACAACUGGAGCAUCUGGGUCCGGCACACCGUCCGCAGCCUUCUCGCCUGGGCGUCCCUGGCGCGCUGCGUGCCUCUGCUUUUGGUGUUGCUGGUCCUGCUGGCCGUCACGCUCUUGAACUUCGCGGUCCAGCGGCUCUCUGGGAAGUCACGCUGGGGUCGCUUCCAGGACGACUCCAGUCCGGGCAUGCGGGAGGAGGGAGGCGAAGGGCCAGAGCCGAAGCUCUGCAUCCAACAUGCGAAGCCGGACUUGCAGCAGCUGGUGGAGCAGAAGGCAGAGCUGGGGCCAGUGGAGGUGAAGGUAUGCGGACCCCAGCGGAUGCUGGCAACGAUCAGUGCCACGGUGCUUCAGCUGAAGAAACGGGGCCUCACGGUUGAACUGGACAGUUUGGAGUCGAGUCUGUGA